AUGGGGAAAUUAGGGAAGAAAGCACGAAAGUUUGCCAAAAAAAACCUACAAUCAGUUUCGAGGAACGAAAGAAAGUUAAAAUCCAAGUUCAAAAGAAAAGCUUCAAAAGGUGUUAGUCACGAUGUUGAAGAAGUUCAAGAGGCUGAUGCUGUUACAAAUCCUUCAAACAACACUGUUGUUGAAGAGGUUGUAGAUAUUUCACUUGAUACUGUUUUCAGUGAUGAUGAACGUGAGGUGCUUGAUGGUUCAGAUAGUGAUGGAUAUCUUUCAGAGGACUCUAGCUGUGCACAUGUUACUGGAAGUGACGAUGAAAAUGAAAAUUAUAUUGAGAAUGACAACAGUGGCAGUUCGUUAUCGGUCCAAAACAAGGAAAUUUUUGGAGAACUUUUGAAGAAAGAAAAGAGGUUGAACAGAUUGAAAGAAAAGUUUCCAGGGUUUUCUAAAUUUCUGGAAAGUUAUGAUGUAGGCACUGGACAAGAUGCAGACGAAGAAGCUGGUUCAGAUGACGAAAGAUUAGAUAUAGCGAAUGAUGACAAUGAACGUGCUCGGGUGGGUAAAAUGUUGACAAAUACAGCUGUUGAUUCUUUGUGUAAACUGGUCAAAGAACAACGUAGUCUGCCUGCCCUUACUUGCCUCGUAAAUGCUUAUAGGGCGGCAUGCCAUAGUGAUUCUGAAAUAACCAGUGUCAGUGAUACUAUCUUAUCCAACGGUAUUCAGACAAGUGAAACUUUCUGCACAAUAUUAAUGUUCAUGCUGCAUGAGGCUGAUACUAUAUUUAGGAUGUUACUGGGAAUAUCAAGCUCGAGUUCUAAGAAAGAAGCUGUUUUGGAUAUAAAGAAUACGGCUAAAUGGUUAUCUCUUAGACCACUUGUUAAGGCAUACUUAAGGAGUACUGUGUUUCUCUUAAACCAGAUCACCGACUCCAAGAUAUUAGUCUUCUCAAUUUGUCAACUCAGAGCUUCAAUAAUCUUUCUUGCUGCAUUUCCUUCUUUACUGCACAAGCUUCUCAAGAUUUGUGUUGAUCUCUGGGCAACAGGUGAUAGAUCUCUGUCAUCACACUCCUUUCUUAUCAUACGCGAUAUAGCAUCUGUGUGUGGCUCUAAUUGGUUAGACAUCUGCUUUGUCAAAACAUAUAAGGCCUUCAUCAGUCGCUCUCCGUCUGAACAUACACAUUUUUUAAGGAACUCCUUUGUGGAGUUAUGUUGUUUAGAUGUGCAGAAGUCAUCAAAUAAAGCAAAUAUAUGCGUAAGGCGUCUAGGUGAGAUAUUGCUGAAGGGGUGGCAAGUGAAAAAGAAGGAGGUGGUUAAGAAAAUUUGCAGUUGGCAGUACAUCAAUUGCAUUGAUCUCUGGGUUUCAUUUAUAUCAGAAAACAUACCUGAUUAUGGUCUUCAGCCAUUGCUGUAUAUGAUUGCUCAAAUUAUAAAUGGAGUCGUUCUCCUCUUUCCCGGGCCUAGAUAUUUGCCGCUGAGACUCAGAUGUAUCCAAUGGCUUAAUCGUCUUGCUGGUUCUAGUGGGCUUUUCAUUCCUGUUACAUCACUAGUGCUGGAUUUUCUAGAAUACAAUAUUACCAAGGAUGGUGGGAAACCGGGCAAAGUGUUUGAGUUUGAACCUUUGUCUACCAUAAAGCUUCCGAAGCAUUGGUUAAAAUCACGUGAGUUUCAAGAAGAGUGUGUCACGUCUACCAUUGAACUCCUUUCACAGCACUUUGCACAAUGGAGCUACCAUGUGUCUUUUCCUGAACUUGCAACAGCUCCACUUGUCUUCCUUAAAAAGAUAGUUGAGAGGACCUCUGAUGAGAGUUUUAGACGAGUUAUCAAGCGUUUCAUUGACCAGGUGGAGUUGAAUGUUGACUUUGUGCAAAGGAAAAGAGAUGAAGUGCCAUUCUCACCAAAGGAUCACCAGUCUGUCGAAUCGUUUCUUCAGGCUGAAAAACGUAGCAGUAAUAAUUCUUUUACUCAACACUACAAAAGCAUCAUUCGCAAGGCUGCUUCUAGGAAAACGCUCUCAAAUAGAAAGUCUCUGGGCAAAGGAAAGAAGAGGAAAAUGCAGCGUCCAAAUGGCAUUGCUGUUGAUGGCAACCCCGCCGACUCUGGAACGAAGAAGAAAAUGCAGCAUCCAAACGGCAGUGUUGAUGGCAACCCUGCUGAUUCUCGGAGGAAGAAGAAGAAAAUGCAGCAUCCAAAUGGUGUUGUUGAUGGCAACCCUACUGAUUCUUUAAAGAAUUAA